UUCUUUUUUACAGAGACUCAACUCCUUUCUUCAAUGAUAAUGAUCGCCAUUCCUCUUUUUUUAUUGAGCUCCCUUCUUCAAAAAUGAUGGCGAUCUUCUUUUUUUUUUUUAAAUAGUGUCAUCCUUCUUCUUUCCUUUACCUAAGUCGCCUCUUUCUUCAAGACCAGAUCUCCCCUUUUUUUUUAAAUGUCGCCGACCCUUCCUCCCUUGUUCGCCGAGUCUCUCCUUCAUCUUAAUUAAGCUCACCUGCUUUCAUUGAGGUCAAAGCAAAUUAUCCGACCUACUCAUCGCUGCUAUUUUUAAAGUCGCCGGCGACCUCUUUGGAGCAGAUCUGCCUUGUCCGUUUUUGAGAUCUCUAAUUACAGACCGACCUCCGUUACAUUCAGCUGCUGCGGUUCGACCUGCUAUCGAGGUCGCCAUCAGUCGAGCUGGAUUAGUCACUCUGGUGUUACACAAGCGGUUAUCGAUCGUUUUAGUGCAGCCGGGAAGAAACGUUGGCCUGCUGCUUACGAAGAUUCGAUAGCUCAUCGGGAAAAAUGUCGUGCGCAAGCAACUCAGAAGCCAAAAACUUCCAAACCUCACAAAUCCUGCAAGAAGAUGAAUCUUGACAAAAUCCCUAAUCUCUUUGCAAAGAAAUCAGACGAGGCUCUCGCCGAGACCGUUGUUCCAACCGGUUCCGAACAGAAGAAGGAAAGUCUGAAGAAGACGAAGAAGUUGAGAAAAGCUACUUCAUCCAAGAGGAUUGAUGACGAAACAGCUGCUGAGGCCAAUGUUGGGAAUACUGGCGUCGAAGGUGAUCCUACCGAUCUUCCUACUCUCGAGGUCUCAAAGAAGAGGCCAUCUCGGAGUGAUAGAUCCGGGGAACUUCCGCAGUCUGAUCGUGCUGAGAAGAGGACGCGAACACUUCCUCCGGCGAACGCUUUCUUUUUCUCGGACAGAUACAAGACGAUUUCCAAGUUGUCUUCUGAUCUUACCGCUCGGGCGGACGAGAUCAUUGCUGAGUAUGACCAUGCUUCGACUGUCUCGAAGACUAAGAUCUCCGAACUUGAAGGUCGUGUGGCUAACAUGAAAAAGAUUGCCGUGGAGAAGAAAGCAGCUGCUUCGAAGAAACCUCUGAGUUGCAAGCCGAGAUUUCUGAUCUCAAGGGACAGAUUGUCGAACUUGACGCCAAACGAGAUUUGCUAUCAAAAGAGUUGAAGGAAGAACAAACACGGCUUAGAGGGGCUCGGAACAGAGCACUUCGAGGGUGGAAAACGGCGACUGAAAAGUGCCAAGUUCGAGUCGAGAAGUCGAACCGGCGUCGUUCCGAGAUUGAAGCGCAAAUGGAACCAUAUCUCGAGUAUAACCAGCUUUGCGGGAUUCUUAGUUUUUGUGAUGAAUACGGUCUGAAAGGCGGUGCGAUUUCUCCAUCUGUUAUCAGCGAGCUUGAGAGGCGCAAGGCAGACAUUAUGUUAUGAGGUCGGAUUUUCUAGGAUCUUGUGCUUUUCAUUAAAUACUUGUGCUCGAGUUCAGUUUAAUGAUUCUGAACUAGGGAGGAUUUGACUUUUCGAACUGUGAGUUCGGCCUAUUUUGCAAGUGUUGAAAACUUGGCUUACAUUUUGCGAGUGUUGAGAACUCGGCUUAUAUUUUGCGAGUGUUGAGAACUCGGCUUAUGGUGCGAAUCUGAGGUGUUCGGCUUAAUUUUUUCGAGUUCAAUGAACUCGGCUUGAAACCCAAGGGAUCGAGUUCUCUCGUGCUGGAAGGACGGAGUUCGAAAGAAGCGUUUCCUUGUAAACACACGAUAAAACUCCAGGUUUCCUAGAUCGAAUCGGAGUAUGCGGGAUGAGCCCGGCUUAUUGUUCUCAGAUGACCUAGGAGUAAGUAAUGUGGGACUGGCCUCGGCUUUAAAAAUUGUGGAUUCUUUCACCACGGCGCCAUGUGGACGCUUGCGAGACGGAUCUCGGCUUUUUGAGGUUGCAUUGUUGAGAAAUGCUAUCGAAUGUCUGGCCAGGACAUCGAUGUAAAUACCGAUGAGUUUGGUUGCGACUGCGAACAUAGGAGUUCGGCUUAACAGAUACUUAGAAAAAUUAAAUUUUAUUGAUAUCAUAGCUGAACUCUUGACGAGCUGCCUACGUACCCGCGAAGGGAUCAAGCCAUUCGUAGUUCAUGUUACAAUGUUUAGAGCUCGUAGAGUGUUCUUUUUUUCUUUUUUUUUUGAUCGGGUUACCGACCUAAUAGUAGACCUAAUAGUAGUAUCUCUUCAGAUUCAUCGAAUUCCACGAUCUCGGAAUUGAAGUUCCAUCCAUCUUCAUGAGUUGAUAAACACCUGGUUUUACGACCUUCAUUAUCUGAUACGGGCCUUCCCAAUUGGCACCGAGCUUACCAACGUUUUUUUCCUCGAACUUUCUUGUUGUAGUAUCGCGCCGCCAUGUGUUGAUAAUUCUGAAUUCGGAGUAAUGCUUGGUCGCGUUGCUCUUCUAGUUCAUCAAGUUUGUCGUACAUCAUUUGGUCGUUAGUUUUGGGAUCUUGAGUGAGCAUUGUCCUUCUGAUGGUCGGAAUUGAAAUUUCAGCUGGGCAAAGAGCCUCGACACCAUAUGCUAAGGAAAAGGGAGAUUGUCCUGUUAAUCUUCGAGGUGUUGUUCGAUGCGACCAUAAUACUCCGUCGAGUUCGUCAGACCAAGUUCUUUUCUUUUCAGCGAGCCGUUUUUUUAGGCCGUAUAUAAUAGUUUUGUUUGUCGCUUCUGCUUGACCAUUGCCCUGAGGGUACCUAGGUGUAGAGAAGUUCAAUCGAAUUUUCCAUUCAGCGCAAAAGUCUUGAAAAACGGCCGAAGUGAACUGAGAUCCGUUGUCGGUGUCAAUCUCAUAAGGAAUCCCUUGUCGACAAAUGAUGUUUUUCCAGACUAAUUUCUUGACCUCGUUUCCGUGUAUUUCUGGGUAGGCUUCGGCUUCGACCCAUUUGGUAAAGUAGUCCGUCAUGACGAGGACGAACUGCUUUUGAGUAGUGGAUCGGCAAAAAGAGCCUAUGAUGUCCAUCGCCCAUCGCAUAAACGGGUAAGGAGCUGUGGAGGUUGUUAACAGUUCGGUAGGAAGGUUGAUUAUUGGGCCAUGCCUUUGGCACCUUUCACACUUAGCGACAAAUUUUUCGCAAUCUGAAACCAUAGUAGGCCAGAAGUAGCUUGCCUUCUUUAUCUUCAGGGCGAGAGACCGACCUCCAGAGUGAUUCCCACCUGAUCCUUCGUGAACCUUUUUCAUAAUUUCCUUAAUCUCUUUGCUGGAUACGCAGAUGAGAAGAAUUCCUGCUGCGCUCCAUCGGAAUAGGCCGUCCUUGAUCAUCAUAUACCGAGCCGCACACAUUUUUAGUCGGCAUGCUUCCCAUUUGUCCGGUGGUAGCUCUCCAUUCGCUAAGUAUGCUAUAAUUUCUUGCGUCCAAUCUGGAGGUACUUCCUCAUCGUUUUCGUCCACAUUUAGUGGGUCGUGACGACCUUUGGAAGGAAGUUGAGAAUCGCAGAAAGCGUGAAGGUGUUGUGCGCCGAUUUCCUUUGCAAGACGGAGGCCGGCGAUAAGUGCCUCGUAUUCGGCUUCGUUGUUAGACGCUGGAAAGUCUAAACGAAAGGAUUGUUCCAACAGUUCGCCGGUCGGUGUUUUAAGCCGAAUACCAAUUCCAGAUCCUUUGUAGGAUGACGAUCCAUCAACGUGAAGCACCCAUUUUUCAGCUUCGGUUAAGUCGGCUUUGACGAGUUCGGGUGAAAGUUCAAUCAAAAAAUUGGCUAACACUUGUGAUUUUGCGCUAGUCCGGUUUUUGUACUCAAUGUCGUACUCGCUUAGUUCGAUAGCCCACUUCGCAAGACGUCCUGACUGGCUAGGAUUGUGCAAGAUAGCGCGGAGCGGUUGGUCGGUGAGCACCGUGAUGGAGUGUGACUGAAAGUAGGGUCGGAGUUUUCGUGCCGAGGUGACAACAGCCAACGCCAAUUUUUCUAAGGUCGGGUAUCGUGACUCCGCGUCGUUGAGUGCUUUGCUUGUGUAGAAAAUUGGCUUCUGCUCGCCACGAUCUUCUCUGACACGAACGCUACUGACAGCCGAGACAGAUACUGCGAUGUACAAAUACAGGGUCUCGCCGUCCUCUGGUUUGGCUAAAAUCGGAGGAGUAGACAAGUAUUCCUUCAAUUGUUUGAAUGCGUGUUCGCAGUCGUUGUUCCACUCAAGAUGCUUAUUGCCAUGAAGGAUUUGGUAAAAAGGUAAGCAUUUGUCCGUUGAUCGAGAGAUAUGAAUCUAUUUAGUGCAGCAAUUCAUCCUGUAAGCUUUUGGACUUCGCGCUUCGUGGUCGGGGAUGGAAGCUCGAGGAUCGCCGUUAUCUGUUUUGGGUUAGCUUCGAUCCCUCUCCGAGUCACAAUAUAUCUGAGAAAUUCACCGGACGUAACUCCAAAUGUACACUUAGUAGGAUUUAGCUUCAUGCCAAGUAUCUCGAAACAGGUUUGGAGAUGUCGGACAUGAUCUUUGGCGAGAAGAGACUUGACGAGCAUGUCGUCAAUGUAGACUUCCAUGGUUCGGCCGAGCUGACUGGCAAACAUUCGGUUAACAAGUCGUUGGUAGGUCGCCCCGGCGUUCUUUAGCCCAAACGGCAUGACUUUGUAACAAUAAAUUCCGCGAUCCGUGAUAAAAGAAGUCUUUUGGUGGUCUUCUGGAUGCAUAAGUAUUUGAUUAUAAUCGGAGAAUGCGUCCAUAAACGAAAGAAGUUCGUUUCCUGCGGUCGCCUCUACCAGACGAUUAAUAUGUGGUAAAGGGAAACUGUCUUUGGGACAAGCUUUAUUCAGGUCGGUGAAAUCAACGCAAAUUCUCUAUUUCCCGUUCUUCUUUUUGAUGACGACGGGAUUAGCAAGCCAAUCUGGAUAUCGAACUUCAGUGAUAGAUCCUGUUUGAGUCGCUCGACUUCGUCAUUAACGGCUUGUGCCUUUUCAGGUCCAAGUUUGCGUCUUUUUUGUAUGACGGAUUUGAAAGUAGGGUCGAUAUUGAGUUCGUGGCGUGCCACCUUUGGAUCUAUGCCCGGCAUAUCGCUGAUCGACCAUGCGAAGGUUGUCACGUGCUUGCGGAGGAACUGAAGUAUAAUUUCCCUGAUUUCUGGAUCCAGGUCGGCACCUAUACCGACCUAUCUUUCAAGGAAAGUCUCGUCGAUGCUGACCUGAACUACCGUUUCUUGUGGUGGCUUCUGCUUUUGAGUUAUUGGGUCGGACUUCGCGCUGAUGGCACACGAUUGAUUAGCAAUUCGGAGCUUGCAUUCAUUAAUGUAACAUGAUCGAGCUGUAGCUUGAUUUCCACGAAGUGUAUAAAUUCCUCCUGGAGUUGGAAAUUUGACGCACUGAUGAUAAGUAGAAGCUACUGCCUUCAUUGCAUGGAGCCAAGGCGUUCUGAGGAUGGCGUUGUAGAUUGCUGGUGUCUUCAUGAUGAAGAACUUAACAGUGUUUGCAACACCCGCAACGUAGAUCGGUAUUUUGACUGUACCGACUGUCAUGGUUUGCUCGCCCGUGAAUCCUGUUAACGGUUCGAUGUCCGCCUUAAUUUUUUUCUUAGGAAAAUCCAUCUGCUCGAGUGUAUCUCGGAAGAUGACGUUAACCGAACUGCCAGUGUCGAUCAAGACUCGACUUACUUCGACAUCGUCAAAGAGUAGGUCGACUACCAGAGAAUCGUUGUGUGGCAUUUGGAGACCGAUUGUAUCCGCUUCUGUGAAUGCAAUGGCUGGUCCGCUCGUCGUUGUUGUGCUGAAUUUCGACGCGGUAAUCGCCUGUCGACUAUACUCUUUUAUCCCCCGAACUGAGUAGUUGCACAUCUCGAGUUUGCCCAUGAUAAAGUUGACUCGUUUCCUAGGUUUUGGUACAUGGGUGUCUGUGUUGUUGUUUUCCCGACCUCGUUUUUGCUGCUCGGGUCUGGCUGGUUGUGGGUGAUCUGUUUCGGUUGUACCAGCGGUGUCUUGGAUCCUUUCGUUUAUGACUGUAUUAGGUCGCUCUUGCUUUUCAUUGUUGCGUCGGACUGGAGUUCGGCGAACAUCGUCCAUUGAAAUUGAUCCUUUUCUGAAUUGUUCUAGGAGGUAAUCUUUCAAGUGUCGGCAUUCUUCGGUGCUGUGUCCUUUACGGUUGUGUAAUUCGCAGAACAAUGUCUCGUCUUGAUCGUCAUUACCGCGAAUCCAUUUGUUGUUCCAUGGUCGCUGUGGUUGAGCCGAGUUGACAUUGUUACUUGCGAAUUUUCGUCGAUUGUCGAAUCUUCUGUCGUAGGUCUGACGUGGCUCGUUAUUGUCAUUUUUAGGUCUCUCUUUUGGGUCGACCUGCUUUUGUGAAGAUUUUCUCUGAUCGUAGGCAGCCUCUCUUCCUCCUCUGCAAUAUAUGAGUUCGACCGAUGGAGUGUGUCCUCGAGUGUAAGCGGUGGGUUGUGUAUGAUCGCUUUGUGAAAAGAUGACUUAAUCCGAGUUGCCUUGUGCAAACACUCGAGGGCGGCCUCGUCGCUGACCGUGCAAUGGGCAACAACUGACUUGACACAUUUGAUGAAGUCGCGGAGACUCUCGUUUUCUCCCUGAACCAUUCGCCAUAGUUCGGCAUUUCGCGUCUUCUGCC